AUGCCAACUCCGGCUCUGCAGCAGCAUGGAGUGAUGCGUAGAGAAGAAAGUUUUUUCACUGCCGACUCGACAUUUUCGCUAUCUUCGUUGACUCGCAAUUUUCCUAGCACGAAUUGGUUGAGAAUUCGAUUUGCUCAUGAACUAGGUCGUAUGAAGAACAUUCUCCGGAUUUUUUCCAGUACUGAUGAUAUGGAUUCAUCUCCUUCGACGGCGCCGACUUUGCUCAUGGCGAAAUCUCCCCUAUCGAGGGUUGGUUCAUCCUCUAGCCUGAACAUACCGGCAGCGCCUUCUUUGAACCAGUUAUCUAUGCUAGGUGAGGAAGAAGAAAUACCGGGUCAGUCAUCGGCAUCGGUUGCGAAAAGUGCACCGAUUCAGAUUCCCACUCCGCAGCCGCGACAGAUGUCAGAGAAAUCCAGUCAGUUCAGUACGCCUGAUGAUCACUUCCAUACUGCGGAUCCGAUCGAAGAAAGACAGUUUCCUGUUGAUGACUUGACGAGCCAUUCGCAGACUACUUAUGAGGCGCUGAAACCUGCUGCUGUACAAAUACUAUCAUUAUCGAAGGACAUGCUCGAUUUGCGUGCCGAAUUAUCAAAAAAUUACGAUUUCUUCCUGGAGAGUUUCAGCAAACUAGGUGAGUUGACGGGCACCACCCUGGCGGACAAGAUAAAAAGGGUGAAGGACCACUACGACGCUGAGCUUAACAGGGUUACUUCAGAGCAGCAGACAUACAUUUCUGAGCUUCAACAUCGAAUCGAAGACUAUAGCAAACUUGAAGCUCUCCAUCGUGAAGAAAAGGAAUCCCUUGCUCGAGACUUGGCUUUGCAACGUGACGAAGUGCAGCGGCUCACCGACGAGGCUGUGCAGCUUCAGGAAAAAGUACGAAGUGAGACUUAUAAAGAAGGUAUCAUCGCUAUGGAAUUGGAGAAAAAUCGUCUGAGCACUGAAUAUGAAGAAAUUAUUGAGGUAUGUAAAUGUGACGCCUUUAUGCUCUCGUGAUU